CCUAAUUUCGCAUUAUCCAAUCAACAAGAGUGUUACAUAGGUUGUUUCAAGGUUAUAUUGGAGGAAAGUGAAAGAAGCCGUUUGGUUGUGAAUUGUGACAUUAAACGUCGAGAAAAUGCUGCGAUCGGUAUCGACGGAGGCAUUGAGAACUGUUUCAAAAUGGGGAGGAAGAAGUAAUCUGGCAAAUUCUGCCGGAAUUUUGUCACAGAAAGGUCAUUACAGUACUGGAGUUGAUGAUGACAGUUUAACUUUCUCACAAACGGUGGACAAAUUUUAUGACAGAGCAUCGGCAUUGAUAGAAAAUGACUUGGCAAAAGAUAUGGGAAGCCGUGUUUCAAUGGAAGAAAAGAUUAAAAAGGUACAGGGCAUAUUGAAGAUUAUUAAACCUGCAAACCACAUGAUUGAAAUCACCUUCCCUUUGAAGCGGGACAAUGGCGAGUAUGAAAUCAUUGAAGCCUGGCGAGCACAGCACAGCCAGCAUCGUACACCCUGCAAGGGAGGUAUAAGGUACAGCUUGGAUGUAUGUGAGGACGAGGUAAAGGCUUUGGCCGCCUUAAUGACUUACAAAUGUGCUGUGGUGGAUGUCCCGUUUGGUGGCGCCAAGGCUGGUGUCAAAAUUAAUCCUGCCAACUAUUCUGAAAAGGAGCUGGAGAAAAUCACCAGGAGAUUGGCUGUAGAGCUAGCAAAGAAAGGGUUUAUAGGUCCUGGUAUUGAUGUUCCUGCCCCAGACAUGGGGACAGGAGAACGAGAGAUGAGCUGGAUCGCAGACACGUAUGCUAACACUCUAGGUUUUAAUGAUAUUAAUGCACAUGCCUGCAUCACAGGAAAACCAAUCACACAGGGAGGAAUUCACGGUCGUAUUUCUGCCACGGGUCGCGGGGUGUUUCAUGGAAUCGAGAACUUUAUAAAUGAGGCCAGUUACAUGAGCAUGAUUGGUCUCAUGCCAGGUUUUGGAGAAAAGACUUUCAUCGUUCAGGGAUUUGGUAAUGUGGGACUACACACUAUGAGAUACCUGCAUCGAGCCGGUGCUAAAUGUAUAGGUGUGAAGGAAAUAGAUGCCAGUAUAUACAAUGCAAACGGAAUAGAUCCUAAGGAGUUAGAAGACUACAAACUGGAAAAUGGCACCAUAAAAGGUUUCCCCAAUUCUGAGCCUUAUGAUGGUGAUCUUCUGUUAGCUGAAUGUGAUAUCCUGGUGCCUGCUGCCAGUGAGAGACAACUAACCCAGGAUAAUGCACAUGAAGUCAAGGCCAAGAUUAUUGCUGAAGGCGCCAAUGGUCCAACAACAAUGGGAGCAGACAAAAUCUUCCUGGAGAGGAAAAUCCUAGUUAUUCCUGAUUUGUACAUCAAUGCAGGUGGUGUGACUGUCUCGUAUUUUGAGUGGCUGAAAAAUCUGAAUCAUGUUAGUUAUGGACGUCUGACCUUUAAGUAUGAGAGAGAUUCUAAUUAUUAUCUACUAGAAAGUGUUCAGCAGUCUCUAGAGAGGAAGUUUGGGGGAGGAAAGAAAGAAUCGGUGCCUAUUGUACCCUCUCCAGAAUUCCAGAACAGAAUCUCUGGAGCAUCAGAGAAGGACAUAGUACAUUCAGGAUUGGAAUACACCAUGAUGAGAUCCGCUAGGAAUAUCAUGGACACUGCCAUGACCUACAACCUCAGUUUGGAUCUCCGUACAGCAGCCUACAUUACCUCAAUCAAGAAGAUCUUCAAGGUCUACGAGAAAGCUGGUCUGACCUUCACCUAGACACAAGGCCAUUCAGAUGGGCAUUACAUCAUACUGUGGCCUAUAUUACAGAGCUUUCAUUCAUAACAUUUGCAUUUUGCACAGAUAUUUUGUCUUGUCCUCUGUGACCCUUUGUAUGUGUUUGUGAAUGGUAAUGCUAUGUUAUCAGAAGAGGAACUGUUGAUUUAUGUGUUGUUAUACAAUGGAGGGACUAUAAUUCUAGAAGGAAGAAAUUUUCCAUGGGAUAUUUAAUCAUUAGGUUGCUAGAGUAGUUAGACAGUUUUUUUGUUGUUUUUUUUAUUAAUUAUUAUUAUUUAGAUAUGCAUUUUUUAUUUGCCACAAAUUAAUUAAGAGCCUGAACACAAUAUAUGUUAUCUUAAUAAGUCACUUGUAUACAGACUUGUAUGAGUCAUAGUAACAAGCAUUUACUGAUAAACCAUACAGUUAUAGUAAAUGUACUGUAUUUUUCAAAAUGAGAUGAUUGUACUGUGUAAAAUGAAAAUCUAUGGGAAUAUUGGUAAUUUACAAGACACCGAGAACUGAGGGGACUCAACACAGAAGACUUUUCUGGAAAAGCUGGCAAAAGAAAGAAAUCCAGAAAAAAAGUGGAGAAAAAAAACGACUAGCAAUAAACUAAUACUCAGUUAUAAGUGGAAUCUGAACAGGCAGCUCAAUUCUCCAAAUUGUCCGGAAUAUCUCCAUUACUUAUUGCAUAGAAUUGCUGUGUACGAUCUGCUUUUUUUAAAUAAUGUGUUCUUUUAUCACAGAAUUUUAUUUUGCAAUUCAUGCCUGUCUCUUUAGAGUAUUUUCAAGUGAGUGGUGUAUGCUGAUGAAAAUGAUAUUUUCUUAAUAAGUUUUUUUUAUCUGUUUUGUUUUUGCACAAAGCCUAGUUACACUAUACACUUAGCAUAUAAAAUGAUAAUUUUGUGUUUUUGUUUUUUGUUUCACUUGACAUGUCCCUGUAGCACAUCCCAGAUAGAAAUGGAGUGUAUUGAAAUAAAAGUGUGAAAGAUUAUAUUUAAUGAAUUUUGUGGAUGAUGCAAUACAUGUAGGUAAGAGUUGUCCAUUUUGAAUUGUAUUCUCAACUGAUUGAUAUGCCAUUAUAAAGAUUUUACAAAAAAUGAA